UCGGUUAAAUAACAAACACUGCCAUUGGUUGAAAGAAAAAGGCAACAAGUACCACCCAAAUCUAAACUAGUUCCCACAUCCUCUGGAAGCAAAGCAUUUCCCAAGAGAACAAGUAUGUGCAUGUGUCCCUGAAAAAUGGUUCCAAAAUUUGGUGGUGGAGUUGAUGAUGGAGGGACUGGCCGAGGAACUAGGCCUAUCUGAACAUCACCCACCUUUUCAAACUGAAACCAAGAUUUGGGAGUCACCCUUUUCAGCUUUCUAUGUUCAAGAUUGUGUUUCUUCGUUUUGGAGUUUAGAGUCAUGCUGUUUCUUGGUCUUGGAUCUUCUGUAAGUGUCAUAUCUCAUAAUAUGGGUUCAACCUUUCUCUGUAGUGCAAAUGGUUUGAAAUAACUUAUCUGGUAACGGAUGCUCUUUUGCCUUCUGACAAUGUCUAGUCUCUUUCAAAUCCGAUGUUGUUCUUUCGGACGAGUCAUCUGAUAGUAUCACCAUGUGGUAAUCAAGUAGCAGAAAGUAUGUGCUGAUGCAACAAAAUGAUUAUGUGUUGAUUGAUUCUUCUGUUGAAAAGCAUCCCUGUUAGACCAGACCUGUUGUUUUUAGCUUCACUAUUGGGAAAAUCUCCUUUGGCAGUAUAGCUUCCAAGUUCCAAACUUGACGAGGCCAAUUUACUAACAAUCUGGAUAUUUAUGUUUGAAGACUCAACUAUAUUGGGCAACUCUCCUUUGGCAAGUUACUUAGUUUCCUUUGGUUGGAUUCCUGGCAGUAAACAUAUAUUUCACUAGGAACUCCUCAGUUUCACCAGGGAAAAUCUACUUUGACAUCUUUUAAUUAUCUUGUUUUUGAAAGCCUUUUCAAAAGGUUCUUUCUGUGGAAAUAGCAGUUCAAACUGGGCAAAUCUCCUUUGGCAUUUAGAGUCUUUAAUAGACUCUUGUUACCCUAUCAGGUAAAUCUCCUUUGGCAUUUUGGAGUUUUUGAUCGACUCCUGUUAUCAUAUCAGGCGAGUCUCCUUUGCCAUCAACUUUCCAGUUUCAGUGGUCAAGAAACUGGUUUACUAUCUGCGACAAACAUUGGUAUCAUCAGACACAUUUUGUACACAAUUAUCCUUCGAAGUCAGUAUUGACAAAUCUGUCGUGGAUCACAAUAGCCCCUGGAUUUCAAUGUUUCUGUUUACUUGAGAAGGCAUCUAGUUGAUGGAUGCUCACAUUACUGAUUUGGAGUGGGAAACUUCCAGUGACAGCAGCAACAGCAGUGAGGAUCAAGAGGAUAUUGAUUUUCAAUAUGGUGGACAAGCCCGGAGCAUAUUAUCGAGUUUAGAGGAAAGCAUCGGAAAGAUUGAUGACUUUCUCUCAUUUGAGAGGACAUUUGUCCAUGGGGAUGUGGUCUGUUCCUCCUCCGACCCAUCAGGACAGAUGGGGAGGGUCACAAGUGUUGAUGUGUCAGUGGACUUGGAAAGUGUUCAAGGAAAGAAAUUAAAAAAUGUGAACUCCAAGAAACUUAUGAAGAUUCGGUCCAUUUCAGAAGGUGAUUAUGUAAUUAAGGGGCCAUGGAUUGGUCAGGUUCAAAGGGUAGUAGACAGAGUGGUUAUAUUGUUUGAUGAUGGAACUAAAUGUGAGGUCAUUACCUUGGAAAAAGAUCAGAUUUUACCAUUGACUCAUAAUCUUCUUGAAGAUUCACAGUAUCCGUACUAUCCAGGGCAGAGAGUCAAGGUUAAGAAGACCUCCACAGCUUCUAAACCAGCAAGGUGGCUGUGUGGCACCUGGAAAGACAAUCAUGGUGAAGGAACUGUUUGUGCUGUGGAAGCAGGUUUGGUGUACGUUAAUUGGUUUGCCUCUGUUCUUUUCGGUUCCAAUUUGAAUGUAAAUGUUCCUCUAUGCUGGCAAGACUCAAAAAACAUGACCUUGUUGUCCUGUUUUUCACAUACAAACUGGCAACUUGGUGAUUGGUGCAUGCUUCCACCUGUGGACCAAAAGGAACAGAUGAUUCAAGUUGCAUCUCCAUGUGAUCCUCAAAACGAGCAUAGUAAGGCUAGAGGAUGUAAGACGAGUAACAUUGGGGAAUUAUUUAUAAUUGAGAAGAUAAAGACCGAAGUUGAUGUCAUUUGGCAAAAUGGUGAACAUACUAUGGGAUUAGAUCCGCUUAACUUAAUCCCAGUGAAUGUCAUAAACAGUCAUGAAUUUUGGCCCCAGCAGUUUGUGCUGGAAAAAGGUGUUUCUGAUGAUCCUCUUAAACCUAGCAAUCAAAGAUGGGGUGUUGUUCUUUCCAUGGAUGCAAAAGAGCAUACUGUAAAGGUACAAUGGAGAACUUCUGCCACAUCCGGGACUGAUAAUUUGACUGGAGAUGCAAUGAUGGAAACUGUGAGUGCCUAUGAACUACUCGAGCAUCCAGAUUAUUCUUGUUGUUUUGGCGAUAUUGUGUUCAAGGCGGCUCAAAAGCAGCUUGGUGACCAAGCUGACAAAGAUAAUGUGAAGUCGGCAACUGAUGUAAUUGUAGAGGCUCCUCUGAUAAACCGGGACCAAAUCAGUUAUCAGAAUAAAUCUGUAGAUAGCAGUUACCUCUCCUGCAUUGGCAAUGUUACUGGUUUCAUAGAUGGUGAUGUGGAGGUCAAAUGGGCUACUGGUUUAACAACAAAGGCUGCACCUUAUGAAAUUUUCCGAAUUGAUAAGCAUGAAGAUUUAACUGCAACCCCUGUUCCUUAUGAAGCAAAUGUUGAGGAGUUCUCCCAAGAGAUGAUUGAUCAUAGAAGUCUUUCAUCAGAACAGAAGGGAAAGAGAUUGUUAGAUUGUAAUUGCGAUAGAGAAAAUUGUGAAAAGCAUUCAGGAGAGAGCAGUUCCUCAUCCCUUCCUCAAGCUGCCUUUGAACUGUUCUCCACCAUUAAGGCUAGCAUACUCAAAACACUUUCUGUAGCAUCGCUUUCCGGAAAAUUCUCCCCAAUCCCUAGGUUUGAAGAGGGAAAUGAAUCUAACUGUCUUGAUAAGAAAGAUUUGGACACUUGUGACCCUGACACUGACUCACAUUUGGUGAGCAAGCUGCAGUCUUCUGAAGGCAUAACUCCAUACUGUGAAGUUAUUGGGACGCAUGAGAGGAAUGACUUUCCAGUUUCUUUAGACAACAAAAGCUCAGAUCAGUUGAAGCAGUUUGAUGUAAUUGAUAAUUGCUCAGACCACCACUUUUUUGAUCAGGGGAAAGGGUUUUCGUUUUCUCAGGUAAAAAAGGAUUGGGUGAAGAAGGUACAACAAGAAUGGAUCAUCCUGGAAAAAAAUCUCCCUGAAAUUAUUUAUGUCCGUGUCUUUGAAGAAAGAAUGGAUCUCAUGCGAGCAGCCAUUGUGGGUGUGUCUGGAACACCUUAUCAUGAUGGAUUGUUUUUCUUUGAUAUACAUUUCCCUUCAGAGUUUCCCAGCCAACCCCCGAUGGUACAUUACAUUUCUGGUGGACUACGAUUGAAUCCUAAUUUGUAUGAGUCUGGUAAAGUCUGUUUGAGUCUCCUAAAUACGUGGACCGGUACAGCUGCCGAAGUUUGGAACCCUGGAACUUCAACCAUUCUUCAAGUCCUUCUUUCCCUGCAGGCCCUUGUCCUUAAUGAGAAGCCUUAUUUCAAUGAGGCUGGAUAUGAUCAACAAAUUGGUAGAGCUGAAGGGGAGAGAAACUCUGUUAGUUACAAUGAGAAUGCUUUCCUUGUCACCUGCAAAUCCAUUUUGUAUCUAUUAAGAAAGCCUCCCAAGCAUUUUGAGGCUUUGGUGGAGGAGCACUUUAGACAACGUUCCAGACAUAUACUUCUGGCUUGUAAGGCAUAUCUUGAAGGAGCUCCUAUUGGAUGUGCUUUUGGUGGUGAAAAUACUGAGAAUGAAAACCAAAAGGGAACUUCUACUGGAUUUAAGAUCAUGCUUGCUAAGCUUUUCCCGAAGCUUGUGGAGGCAUUUUCUGACAAGGGAAUUGAUUGCAGCCAGUUUGCUGAGAUGCAAAAGUAACUGCUCUACCUUGUGUCAAAGAUAUCUAAACCUUAUGUUUAAUAUUAAAUGUUCACUUAUCUGUAUAAUAUAAAAUGUAUGCUUGAUAAAAACAACAAUAUCCUCUUGUAAACCAGCCCCUUCCCAAAAUAAAACAAGUGUG